AUGGAAGAAUAUAGGAGAUGCUUGGAGAGGCACGAGAGAGAAAGAAAGGAGAGAAACCGUAGAGCCGAUGAAAUGAAUGAGUUGCAGAGGCAAGUCGAUGAGCAAGUUCUCAUAGCAGUGGCAAUGGAAGAGGAAGAGAACCAAGGUCGCCGCCAUGGUUCACAAGUCGGCCGUCGCCGGAAUGUGGACAGACAUAGGCAUUCUCGGGCCAAACUCGGAGCCAAACCUCACACAAAGAAACAUCUUCCAUGGUGCUCCACGCCCCUCCGGUUUCAAUAG